AUGACUCAACUAUCUAGAGAGUCUGUGGUCUAUACCACGCCAUGGACAUCUGCAAAUGGUGCGGCUUGGCUCGCCACGCCAACAUCGUAUUCGAGAACGCGAAUCUCUGUGGCGAGUGUUACCAGACGGCGACCCGGGUGGCCCAGAACCCAGAGCCUUGUUGGGAUAUUCCUCUUGCAGGACCCGAAUCCAGACUGGGCGAGACUCCAGUCUCCCUUGACGCUUUUUGCUGAGACGCGGUCGUCGAAUUCGGAGGGGUUGCCAGGGGAGGAUAUCAACUCCUUGUUCUUCUGGUCGGAACUUGAUCAAUUCAAGCUCACUGUUUCGGUGUCUGCUGCCCUAGAUAAUCCGGCGGCAGAACAUAUAAGUCAGAGGCCCGCCGAAGUGAAUCUUGCUACCAGAAAUACUUUCCACCAGGCUGAGCAGUGGCUACACGAAUGUCUUACUACUCACAAAGAAGGGCCAGAUUAUCUGUCCAAGCCCCGCCUCCCAACUCGAGUUAUUGAUGUUGGGUGUGACUCUGAGUCCAUUGUCAGGCUCUUUGAGCCAUCUUCGGUAACGCAUGACCAAUAUACGGCAAUUUCCUACUGCUGGGGCACCCGGAGGUUCACAGCCACUACCACAGCAAAUAUCGAGGCGCACAAAACAGGAAUCGAUACGUCUACACUUCCACAAACUAUCAGGGAUGCAAUUACUGUCACACGGGGGCUUGGCUUCCGCUAUCUCUGGAAUGAUGCCCUUUGUAUCAUCCAAGACAGCCUGGAUGAUAAAUGCAAAGUAAUCGGGGGUAUGGGCGAAAUAUAUCGAAACUGCACACUCACGAUAGCUGCAGUGAGCGCGGCUGGAUCUUACGAGGGCUUCUUACACCCAAAACCGCUGCUGAUGGCAGAUCUCCCUUAUCGCUGCCCCGAUGGCGAAAUUGGUACAGUAAGGUUGUUGUCACAGAAGAACGUGGAUCUCUGGUGUGAAACAAUGUUCACGAGGGGGUGGUGUUUGCAAGAAUACCUCUUGUCCGCCCGCCUUUUGCUCUUCACCAACACGGAAGUAAUAUGGUCUUGUCAAUGUACGCCUUUCCAGCGCCCAGAUACCACGCAUGUCUCCUAUAGCUUUGAGCUCCCUACACUUCCAACUUCCCCAGUCCAUAGAUUGCCUGUAAACUUCUUUACGCCGUCAAACCCUCCGAGUGCCCCUCCGGGUACCCAAUUUGACACCGCCCAUUUCAUGGAGUGGACAAGUCUAGUGGCGAACUAUUCGCGCCGCCGACUCACAGUCGCAGCUGACCGCCUCCCCGCUAUUUCUGGCAUUGCCCGGUAUUUCGCACAGGCAUAUAUGGACGAAUAUUUUGCUGGACUGUGGAAACGACAGUUUAUUGAGUUUCUGACAUGGAGACGUAGUUCACGGGUGCAACCAGAAAACUUCAGCCGUCCUGCCUCUUACCUGGCUCCAUCAUGGUCCUGGGCAAGCAUUGAGGGCCCUAUCGAGUUUCAGUUUCAGAACGGCCCAGUCCUCAAACCCCCAAAGGUUCCAGGUGCUAAGCUGAUCUCUUGUACUGUCGAGACGGUUUCAGAGCAUGCCCCAUUGGGAGAAGUCAAAGGUGGAAGAGUUAUACUGGAAGCCCAACUAAUACCAGUUUCAGCAUCACCUAUUCUCCAAAAGUCAGGGUUCGAAGGAGGAGUCGUGUACUGGGAUGAAUUUUAUCCCAGUUGGGAACUAGAUGACGAGAUGAAGCAGACAUGUUGGUGCAUGCUUCUUGGUGAAGCAUGGGCUUCAUCUCCCAAGAGCUCAGAGGCCAUAUCACUUGUUUUGGUUCCUGUUGAUGGAUCGCAGGAUGUGUUUCGGAGAAUUGGGCUCCACCGAUAUCUGGCCAAGGCUGCCGCAAAACCUUGGAAUGGUGCUACGAAGAGGAGGACCAUCACUAUCAUAUGA